UUAUUUUCUUCUAUUUCCGAACGCAUGUACAUAACAGGUGCGUCAAACAAUUGCGAACGCUAAAAUUGUUACAAAGUACACUCUGGAAUAAUUUACGAACGCAGCGCUGACCAUGAUCUAUCCACUGCUCCACCAGCUGUUCUGUCACUGUCUUCGUGCUGUCAACAGUGUCAACCAAUCACCAUCUAAAAAGUGUUUACUCAUUUUGGAUGUGUUGAAAAGAGUCCCAGUUUUUUGUUUGAAAAAUGUCUAUGAUAGAAAGACCAUAUUACUCUGACUACUCUUCAGCCCCGAUCCAACAUCAGUUCAGCCCUUAUGCCGAUAAUGGAGGGAGCGUCGUAGCGAUUGCCGGUGAUGACUUUGCAGUAAUCGCAGCGGAUACCCGUCUCAGCGCCGGCUUCUCCAUCUAUACCAGGGAGCAAAACAAAUUGUUUCCUUUAUCUGAUGGCACCAUCCUAGGAUGUGCAGGUUGUUGGUGUGAUACACUCACCUUAACCAGAAUCCUGAAGUCAAGAAUGCAGAUGUAUCAACAUGAGCACAACAAGACCAUGUCUACUACUGCUUGUGCUCAGAUGCUUUCAACUUUAUUGUAUUACAAAAGGUUCUUCCCAUAUUACAUCUCCAAUGUAAUGGUCGGAUUUGAUACUGAGGGGAAAGGAUGUGUGUACAGCUAUGAUCCUAUAGGCCACUGUGAGAAAACAAACUACAAAGCAGGUGGUUCUGCUGGUGCUCUCCUUCAGCCUUUAUUGGAUAACCAAAUUGCUCACACCAAUUUAGAUAAAGUUCCAAAAGAGCCAUUAACUUUGGAAAAAGCUUUAGCUUUGUUGAAAGAUGUAUUCAUUUCUGCUGCUGAAAGAGAUAUCUAUACAGGAGAUAAAGUAUUGAUCAAUAUUAUUACUAAAGAUGGUAUUAAAGAGGAAGCAUUUGAUCUUAGGAAGGAUUAGAAUAGCAAUUUGUACUGUUUAUCAAUAAAUGGAUUGAAUAUUUAAAAGAUUUUCACUUUUCACUUGUCUGAGGUGCUGAUCGACAUGGAGAGCAGUGUUGUCAGGUCAAGAAAUAAAAUUCACCAGAAAUUGGAAUGAAAAAUCACCAGGAAUUUUAAAAGCUAAUUUUUUAGGCUGUAUUACUAGUUGUAAAUGAAAAAAAUGCAUUCAUAAUGUUUGUAUACAGCUUAAUAACUAAAUUGUUUAAUAAAACAAUUCAUAAAUUUCCUGCUACUGUGACAAAGGCAGUAAAGCAUUGUUUUAUAAGCACCUACCUAUGAUACAAUUUGAAUACAUGUUUCCUUUUUUUAUGAUUUUGAAUUUCUUUUUAACACCCAGAUCAGAA